ACAAUCAAACUGCAAGCAGCCCACCUGCCUCAAAACCAUCCUCCAACAUCUAUGAAGAGGUCUCAAGCUGCCCCCAAUCCUGGGAAAGAAGUGGGAAAAAAUGCUACUUCUUUUCUCAAACGCAGAAAAUAAAUGACUGGAACGCCUCCCGUGAAGAAUGUAUUCACAUGAAUUCAGAUCUGGUGAUCAUUGACAGUGAGGAAGAACUGAAGUAUCUUGCUUCACAAUCAAGAGGUCACUACUACUUACUUGGUCUCACAUACUCUGAGAGCGAGAAGAAGUGGAAGUGGAUUAACAACAUGGAACAUAGCACAGACAUGUUUACUAUAGGAGGAGACUCUACUGACUAUUUCUGCGCUGUCAUUGGACCUGGCAAAGUAGAAACUGCAUCUUGCAGUGGAUCUUCAACAACACGAAAUAUGUGUGAAAAAGAUGCAAAUAUUUCAGAAAGGCAGAAGAAGAGCUAA